AUGCCAGCCGUAACCGAGGAAGGAUAUACUUAUGUUGAGCUUCGCACCCUGAAUGGCCCAGAAUAUCGGCGCGUUUCCACUCAGCCUCCACGUCUUCCCACAGAAGAUGAAAUCCCCGUCAUCGACCUGAGCCUGAUUGACGGCGACCUGCAGAGCCGUAAAGAAUUAGCUUCACAGAUCCGAAAAGCAGCACAGAGUACAGGCUUUUUCUAUGUCAAGAAUCAUGGCCUUCCCGAAGAUCUGAUUGAAAAUGCACUAUCCCAGAUCAAGAGGUUCUUUGCUCAGUCGGAUGAAGAGAAAGAAAAGGUUUCUUACCGCAAAUCGAAGGUUGCUGAGGGAUUCCACGGCGUGGGAAGCACGCAAAUUAACCUCAAGGAGACUAAAGACAAAAAGGAGACGUUCUCGAUAAGAUAUGAUCCACAAAAUGACCCGACAGUUGCAAAUCCUGAGGAAUUGCUCGCUAAUAAAGCCUAUUCAUAUGGAGGCGAUGAAUUUCUGUGGGAGGGUACAAGACACCUUCCAGGUUUCCGCGAAACUAUCAUUGAAUUCUGGCAACGUCGUCUUACACUCGCACGCAAGUUGGUCUCAAUUUUUGCUCUUGCACUGAACCUCUCCGAGGACUAUUUCGACAAAAUGAUCACACAUCCCGGGGCGGAUGCUGUGUACAUACACUACCCAGGCGUCGGGGAUGAUGGAGCGAAAGAUGUCGAUGUCGGCAUUGGAUCGCACACCGACAUACAAUGCGUGACUCUCUUAUGGCAAGACAUGUCUGGUGGCUUGCAAGUGCUGUCCGCCAACGAUGAGUGGUUAGAUGCUCGACCUAUCCCAGGCACGCUGGUCGUGAAUAUUGGCGACUUUUUGUCCCGCCUGUCAAACAACACAUUCAAAUCAACCGUCCACAGAGUAUACAACCGACAAAGCGCGUCACGGUACUCGAUGCCAUUUUUUCUGGGAUUCAAUCCGGAUGCCAUUUGCGAAGUGGUUCCUUCUUGCAUCGAUGAAAAUCACCCUGCGUUGUUUAAGCCCAUUUCUUGUGGCGAGUGGCAUCGUUCUAGACUUACCUUAGUGCAGCAAAAGACUCCAGCGAAUUGA